UGGCCGAGUCCCACGUGCUGGAUCCAUCCCCAGGGUCUUCCUUGCUGGCGUGUCCCAUGAGAGCCUGGUUACACCCACUCCUCCGGCCACGGCUCUACUGGGGAUUUCCACCCCAGGGACCUCCCUGCUGAGACAAGCUCUGGAUUUAUCAGCACGUGUGCGUUGCCCCUGGAUUCCUCACGGCAGUGGGAGUGCUGCGGAUUACCGAUGUGGUGACGCUGGUUUAUUGCUGCCUGAAGUGGAUUUAUCCGUGCGGCAGGGCCCAGGCUCGCUGCCGGUGUAAAUCACCACGGCAUGGCUGGCAGGAGCCUCCAUGCUAUGGCUGCAUCCCAACAGGCCCUAGGCAUUCCAGCUUCCCUGGGGGUUUCGUGGCCAGGCUCCCCAUGGGACCGUGUGCUCCACAGAUCAGCUGCCCCUUCUCCAUCUCACUCUUGUGCCCACUGAAACGAGAAUAAAAUGGUGAUAAUGCUGCAGACAUCCUCUGGAAAGGACUCCGAGGCAGAUGAAAAGCCCUACUUAAGAGAGAGGCCAUUAUUAUUAAUAACUCGGAGCGAGGCUGUAAAUUCAGCCGACACAGCUAUUAUGGGAAAUGAACCUGCUCCUGUGCUGGAUUGCAGGCUGCCAGGUGUGGGAUGGGGAUGGGCACAGGAGAGCAGGGCUGCAUGUCCCCAUGGCUGCUGGCUAGGUCAUGUCCACAGCUGGGGCAGCAUGGCCAGAGGAGCCAAAACCACCUGACUCCAUCUGGGCUCUCUGGGAUGAUUUCUUGGCUUUUCUGGUAAGGCUGGAGGUUGGACGGAGGGAUCCUGGGCACAGGUCUCCUCCCAGAGGGAAGGGAGGUGACUGAGUUUUGCAAUGAGGCUGAGACCUGGCCCAAGCUCAGGUCAGGGGUGAUGCAGGAUAUGAGGAGCAUGGGCAGAGAGCUGGGAGAGGCCAGGGUGGUGCAGUGGGCCUGGGGCUGGGCUGGGCAGGACUCACUGUGGCCAUCCUGGGCUGACUGUGCCCAGCUGGCCAGUGUCCAGGACAGUAUCACACCUUGGCAAAGGUUGCAUUAAAAUAAAAAUAACUUGGUACCAUUCAGUGCCCAUCGCCUGCAGCCAGGUCAGAAAAAGGCAAAGCUGCCGCGGCUGCCAUUCCAUCAGAAUGACUUCACCUCAGGCACUGUCACCCCAGAGCGGGACAGCCCUGGGGCCGGCGGGUGCCCAGGGUCGGGCAGGGGGUGCUGUGGGGGUGUGGAGUGCCAUGAGGGUGCCACAUGGGUGUCACGGAGGUGUGGAGCAGCAGCCAUGGGCUUGUGGUGCUGCCUGUACCCAGCUCAGGAGCUUCUGCGGAGGAACGAGCUUUGAUAUAAAUAUCUUUUUGCUCAGCACACGACCUACUUUCCAGACAAUGCCAUUAGCCUCCCGACUCCCUCAUUCAUCUUCUGCUGUCCUCCCCCAGCCCUCCCUGCACUGGCACCCGCGCCAACACGGCACACUGGCCGUGGAGUGGUGAGCCAGGAUGGGCACCUGGCUCAGUGGCACCAUGGGGACCCCGUGCUGGGCUUGGGGCCAGCCAGCAACCCCAUUCUCACAGCUGGCAGGGGGCUGUUGCUGCCUGUCCUCUGCCCCUGCUCUGGUGCUGUAGAGAGGGUCCCGUUGGGGGUUCCUCCACCCCACCCCAUCCCAUGGGAUACUCAGAUUGGUCUGCCUUCCUACAGCCUCCAGCCCCAUUCUCUUCAAAAUAAGUGAUCUGGGUGGCAAACAGCCUCACCCAGGGACAUCUUCACCCAGGCACAGCCUCAUUGGGUACAUCCUGGUCAGAGCAGAGGGGAGCACAGUGAAACAAACACUCAUUCGCUCAGGGCUGGCCCAGGGGAGGGUGUGGGGUCAGGACGCCUCCUGAGCACCCCCAGAGCAUCCCUGGUGCUGGGCCCACACACGUGGUUCAUGUGAGGAUGAUUCCACAGGAGCUCCCACGUGCUGGCAGAGGCUGUGCCGUGUAGUUGGCAGCUGGUGAGUGGCAGGUGGGAUUAGGGGCAGGUGGGGUAGAGGGUGCACAGUUCCAUUGGCAUGACACUGUCCAGCCCCUCUGGCUUAUGGCCAUGGCCCUGACACCAGUUUUCCCCCAAGAGCUGGAAACACCUCUCCAGGCCCACCAUCUGCACACCUCCGUGUACCCCUGGGAUGAGCCCCCACUCCUCCCCUGCAGCUAAAAUUAAAUAUUCAAUUUGUAUUGCUGGUAAAUCCUGCAAAUCUCUUUUCUCUCUAAGCUGUUGUGGCAGGAAUAUCGGUGGUGUAAUCUUCAUGGGGGCUUGUCCCGCUGCCCUUCACAGCUCCCCACCUUGGACCACACUCCCUUUUCCCCACAUUUCUCCCUGGGAUGCUUCUGGUGGUGGAGCAGGUCUCCAGUGCCAACAGCAGAGCACCCCAUGGCACCCAUUCUGUGGGUGCUGCUGGCUUUGGGGACAGGGGUGUGCAUGGUCCCCAAACUGUGAUGGAACUGCUCUUGGCCCAGGUGAUCCAGGUGGUCCCACCAGAGCAUCCCCCAUGCCCACCAUGUCCUCACUCACCAGCUGUGCCCCCCCUCCCCUUGCUCUGUCCCCGCUCUAAGAGCAUUGUGCAGAAUUAUGUAUUUAAAUAUUUAGGUUUUCAUCAGCUUUGCAAAUUAAGCCCAUCCAUUAAAGCGGCAGUUUGGCUCUGCUGGCAAGCUGGGCUGUGCCAUGCCUCGGGCUCUCUGUGCUCAUCCCAGCCCUGGCCCCAAGGGAUGCAGCCUGGGAAUGGGAUGUGAUGGCCCGGAGCAUCCCUGCUGGCACAAGGACCAAGAGCUCUGCUUCCUCUCCAUUCCUGGAAACUCUGGCCCCUUCAGCCCAGCUGCAGGAGAGCCGUGGGAGGGGAUGGCGCCAUGAAGGGAACCAGUUUGGACUGGUUGUUAUUUGGGGUGGAGUGGAGAAUGCCGAGUGCUGGGGAAAGUAGGAUGAGAAGCAACGCUAGUGACAGGUGAGAGCCCUGGCUCAGCAAGCACCUGGCAGGAUCAGAGCAGGGAUGGCAGUGCCAGCCUGAUGGAGGCUCAGUGGGAGUAAAGCUGGGGAUGGAAGGUUCAGCUUGCCCAGGGGUUGGGAGGAAAUGGGCAGGAAAUGGCCAGAGCUGUCACUGCUGCCAUGCUCAGUGAGAAGGCUGUGCUGUCCCAAGCUCACCAAAGAGGCUCUGGAGCGAUCCCUGGCUUAGGUCAAUAUCCCAUGGCUGGGGAGUAAGUGGCUCUUUAAGCCUCAGCAGCAUGGUCUAGCUGGUGGCUCCAUGUGGCAGGAGGGAAAAAUGGGGGUGAGGGGGAAAUGGGGUUCAUCCAGCACUCCUGCCAGCUGGGGACCCUGGCACAGCUGCAGGGCCUGAGGGGGCUGCCAUGGCCCCCAGUGGCUCUGGCACAGGCAGAUCUAACUCCUGGGGGAUGCUGGAGCCCCCUGCCUGCCUGGGGCAGUGCUGGAGUGAAAAGCCAGGUGGGAGUGUGGGCAGAGCCACCAGGGUGAGUGCAGCACAGGGGGAUGUCCCUGCUUGUUCCUCCCUUUUGCUGCAGGUGAACAUCAGGCUGUGGUCUCCCCGUGGGCUCCCCAGUGUCACCUGCAUGUCCCCCUUUCCCACCAAGGCCUGGAGGGCACCUGAGCAGUGUGCUGGCUGCCACUGGCUGCAGGCAGUGCGGGAAGAUGUUGAGUGUGUCCAAGGGAGGGGAGCUGUCCAUGGGCAUCACCGGUGAUGGGUGCUCAUCCAUGCGGCUCAGUCCCCACAGUCCCUGUGCCAGCUGUCAUGGGCUGGAGCCCUGGAGCCCUGCCUGGCCAGGGAAUCUCUCCACAGUGGUCUCCCAACUCAGUUGGCUGCACUCCUGACACUCUGGCUGUGGGGUCCCACCCCUGGCAGUUGAUGCCCUCUGUGCCACAUCCUGGCUCCUGUGGGCAGGAUGAGCAUUGCUGCGGGGCUGAGGGGGCUGGAGGUGCCUGUGCCAUGGGGCUUCUGGCUUCUUACCCCUGCCAGCCUUUCCUCUGCCUGCACCUACACAGGGAUGCUGCCAUGGCCAUUCCCUGUGCCACCACUUUCCUUCUCAGCCAGGUUCCUGGGAUCUGGCUGCCAUGCCUAGGUGUUCCCCGUCCUAAAGGGCUUUUGAAGAUGCGGCUCUUCCACCAAGAUCUGGUUUGGGCUUUGCAGGGCUGGAGUGCCAGACUCCUUUCUCUGCUGGCUCUGCCUUCGCAGCUCCAGGAUGCUCCAGCUCCUUUGCACACCCAGCACAGCAGCACAGCUCUAGCCCCCAAAGAAUCAGGUCUGGGGCCAGGGUGGGUGGUCCUGGGCUGUGUGUGCCAUGCUGGGAGGGGGUUCCAGUUCCCCCCGUGGUAGCAAAAGUCAAAGCCAGUGAUGUUGUGGCAGGGAGUCCCAGCACUGGCAGCCGUGCAGGGAUCCCUGGCAGCUGGGCACAUCGUGGCCGUAUUUCCUCGCUCUGCUCCAGGAGUAAUUGCUCAGAUGGGGACGUGGGGCAACUCCCAUCCCUCUCCCGGCAUGGUAAUGAGUGAAGAAGAACUCAAAGACAAAUGGCUCAUUAAGAAGCAGUGCUGCAUUGCAGGAUUUUUCAUCCCACCAACCGCUGCAUCAGCAGAGGCAGCACCUCUCACACUCGCUCUCCCAGCCCUGGAGAAGGAGCUGUCAGGCAGCUGGGGCUGAUGCCAAAAUUAAUCAUGUGCUUAAUAACGUGCCCGGCCCGUUGAACAGCCUGUCCUCAGCCUCCCAGUGCGUGGAGUGGGGCUGCCGUGCUGGACUGGAGCCCUGGGGCACCGUGGAUUUAGGUUUGGUGCCUAGGAAGCGCCCAUGCUCAGGGAGAAAGGAAGUGCCAGGGCACGGCUGAGCCAGGGGAGAUACCCCCAGCCUCGGGGUCCCAGAGUCCCCCAGUUAUGUCAGGGUACCAGGGUUCCCCAGAUUUGUCGGGGUGCUAGAGCCCCCUGCCCUGUUGAGGUCCCAGCCAGUUGUGCUGGCUUCUGUGGCCGUCUCUGUGGCCUCGAUAAAUACUUCCUGCUCCACUCACAUCUCCAAUUCCUAAGCUUUUGUUCAUCUUUCAUGACUUUUUAAAAAUCUCGCCUCAUCUCUUUUUUCCAGCGGUGCCCGGUUGGAUCCUACCCCUCACAGCCCUCUGCAGGCAGUGCCUGCCUGCAGCUGCUCUGCUUUCUUUUAGUAACAGUAAUUGGUUUUGAUUUCCUGAUUGCAGCCAGUGUAUUUGCUGUGAUCUUAGCAUCCUGCUCACACUGUUUUCCUCUACUCCUUUUCCUCUUUCCUUUUUGUUUUUUCCACUUCCCCCUUUUCUCUUUCCUUCUCCUCUUUUAUAUCCCCUUUACUUUCCUAUUCCCUUUCCCUUUCUUCACCUUUCCCCUUUCUGUGCUAAAUUAGGUGAUCUCUUACUAAGCCACUCUUUUAUUUUCCUCCAGGCUGAGUAAAUGUUACUAAUUCAACCUCAUAAAAUAACAGAACAAUUAGUAAUAAAAUAAAAUGUUUGCUUUCCACAAUCCUUCUCACUUACAAUGAGUGGGGAAAGAGUAAAUAGAUUAAAAGCACGGUGGAAACGACCUGGCAGUAUUCCAUAUUUAUUUUCUUCCAACGACCAUAGAUCAAAUUUGUUCAGCCCCUAAGUGGGAAAACCACUUUAUUUUAUUUUUUUCCCCAGCUCCAGCUUGCGCGCGGUGCCGGGUGCUCACGCUGUGUGUUUGUUCUCUCCCGCUUUCAUCCCGAGCCAUAAAGGUCCCCAGCAGGACCUAAGCUGGCAGAACCUUGCAUUAAUUUGCAGAGCAGUUCGGGCCGAGCUCGCACCUCUCCCAGGCUGGAAGCUGGAAAAAAGUCCCUUUGGUGAGGCUGGAAAGCCGGGGUGGCGGGAGGAGGCUUUGUGGAGCAAGUGGCCAGAUCCAGAGCAAAUGAAAGUCGAUGGUGAGGUGGCUGCUGGGCUAGCUCUGCACCCGCUGGCAGGGAAUUGCAUAACAAGAUGGGACUGGGGAUGGUUUUGGGGCUAAACUGGGUGAAACACGUGGCCGUGGCCGUGCAGAGCUGUCCCCGUUGCUGUGCUAGUGUGGGGUGGCCUCAGGGGAGGAUGGAAGGCUGGGCUGAUAAAAAUACAGGGGGAGGUGUCUCAGGCUGGCUUUGGGAAGGAACACCCUUGCUCUGGCUUCACCCCACUCCUGUUCCUCCCCCAGAGCCUGCUGCCCCGGGGAUUCCCAGUGUGGAGGAGCUGCUGCUGGCGGGGCCAUGAGGACAGCAUCCCCCUGAGUGCUGGGUGAUGAGCCCGCAGGGGCAUCCCUGCAAGAUGCCGAGGCUAUGGGGUGGGUGCUGAAAUAAUGAAGGGCUACCAUGGGGAGCGUAGCCAGACACAGCCCUCCUCUGGCCACCGCUGCCGCUGCAUCCCAGAGAACUGCGAGCACCCUGCCGACUACAUCCCGCACUGCCCCGAGGGCCAGCCACCGUACCUGCUCAGCCCCAGCGAGCCGUGUUCCCUGGAGCAUCCCUACUGCCCAGCACGGAGCCCUGGUGCGGCCAGCGAGUGCCUGGGCAGGCCCCUGAGCGAGCCGCCCUCUGCCAGCGCCAGCAGCACCUUCCCGAGGAUGCAUCACGCGCAGCAGCCCUACGACUCCUGCGACGAAUGCAUGGCGACCGCCCACCCAGCCAGCAAGAUCAACCGCCUGCCCCCCACGCUGCUGGACCAGUUCGAGAAGCAGCUGCCGCUGCACCACGACGGCUUCCACACACUGCAGUACCCCCGGGCUGGCGGCGCCGAGCCCCGAAGUGAGAGCCCCAGCCGCAUCCGCCACCUCGUCCACUCCGUCCAGAAGCUCUUUGCCAAGUCCCACUCCUUGGAGGCGCCGGCCAAGCGGGACUACAACGGUGCCAAGAUGGACGGCCGCGGGGACGGCUACCACCACCACCACCACCACCACCAUCACCACCACCACCACCAGUCCCGCCAUGGCAAGCGUAGCAAGAGCAAGGACCGUAAGGUGGACUCCCGGCACCGGUCCAAGAUGUUGGGCUGGUGGAGCUCCGACGACAACCUGGACAGUGACAGCAGCUACAUGGUGUCCGGCCGGCACGCCACCGACCAGGGCACCCAGUACUGCGUGGACGCUCCCGAAAGUGCCUUCAGAGACUUGACCUUGAAGAGUCUAAAGGGCGGUGGGGAAGGAAAAUGCCUGGCCUGUGCCGGCAUGUCCAUGUCUCUGGAUGGCCAGACGCUCAAGAGGAGUGCCUGGCAUACCAUGACCGUCAGCCAGGCCCGUGAAGCCUAUCCCAGCGCUGGCGGCACUGAGAAGACCUUGAUGCUUCAGGAAGCAAAGGCCAAAGACCGGGCGUACCAGUACCUGCAGGUGCCGCAGGACGAGUGGAGCGGGUAUCCGGUGGGCAAGGACGGGGAGAUCCCGUGCCGGCGGAUGCGCAGUGGCAGCUACAUCAAGGCCAUGGGCGACGAGGACAGUGCCGACUCGGACAUCAGCGCCAAAGUGUUGCCCAGGGCAGCCACGCGGCGAGACAGCUACCGCCGCUCCUCCAGCGCUGACCAGGCCAGGACCAAGUUUGCAAGUAGGCACUAUUCUGAUUCAUAUAUCUGUAACUGUCCCAGCUGCUGCACGCCACCACGAAUGCUCCCGCGGGGACAGAGCUACGGGCGUUCCUUCACCACUGGCCAGAUCAACGAUGAGCUCAACCACCAGUUUGAGGCCGUCUGCGAGUCGGUCUUUGGUGAGGUGGAGUCGCAGGCCGUGGAGGCGCUGGACCUGCCUGGCUGCUUCCGCAUGCGGAGCCACAGCUACCUGCGGGCCAUCCAGGCAGGCUGCUCCCAGGAUGACGACUGUCUCUCACUCUUCUCCAUGUCGGCCCCUCCUGGGCCACCCAUCACCAGCAGCAUCCUGAAGCCCAGCACUUCCUUCAGUUACAGAAAAGCUCCACCUCCCAUCCCUCCAGGAACCAAAGCCAAACCUCUCAUCUCCGUCACGGCGCAGAGCAGCACCGAGUCCACCCAUGAGAGCUACCUGCCCAGCGAGGUCACCCGCAGCCCCGCCUGGUCCAAAGAUGCCACGGCCCGCUGCAACUCAGCUGAGAGCCUGGAGAGCUCCAAGGUGACUGCUGUGGCCCUCGACCUGCCCCCGGUCCAGCCCCAUGCUGCUCCCAAGCCCUCCACGCUCAUCAUCAAGGCCAUCCCAGGCCGGGAGGAGCUGCGAAGCUUGGCUCGGCAGCGGAAGUGGCGUCCCUCCAUCGGCGUCCAGGUUGAGGCCGUCUCUGACUCGGAUACAGAGAGCCGGAGCCAGAGGGAAUUCCAUUCCAUUGGGGUGCAGGUGGAGGAGGACAAAAGGCGAGCGCGUUUCAAGCGCUCCAACAGCGUGACAGCGGGCGUGCAGGCGGACCUGGAGCUCGAGGGCUUCACCGGCCUGGCCGUGGCCACCGAGGACAAAGCCCUGCAGUUCGGGCGGCCCUUCCAGCGGCACUCCUCGGAGCCCGAGUCGGGCCGGCAGUAUGCCGUGUACAAGACCGUGCACACGCAGGGGCAGUGGGCGUACCGCGAGGAUUACCAGCUGCAGUACGACACGGUGGAGGUGCCCCGGCGCGACGCUUGGAUAGAGCGGGGCUCCCGCAGCCUCCCUGACUCUGGCCGCGCCUCCCCGUGCCACCGCGACGGGGAGUGGUUCAUCAAACUGCUGCAGGCAGAGGUGGAGAAGAUGGAGGGCUGGUGCCAGCAGAUGGAGAGGGAGGCAGAGGACUAUGACCUGCCCGAGGAGAUCCUGGAGAAGAUCCGGAGCGCGGUGGGCAGUGCCCAGCUCCUCAUGUCCCAGAAGGUGCAGCAGUUCUACCGCCUCUGCCAGCAGAACAUGGAUCCCAAUGCAUUCCCUGUGCCCACUUUCCAAGACCUGGCUGGCUUCUGGGACCUCCUGCAGCUCUCCAUUGAGGAUGUCAGCAUGAAGUUUGGGGAGCUUCAGCAGCUCAAGGCCAAUGGGUGGAAGAUCAUGGAGCCCAAGGAGGAGAAGAAGGUGCCUCCCCCGAUACCAAAGAAGCCGCCCCGCUCCAAGGUGCACCCGGUGAAGGAGCGCUCCCUGGACUCGGUGGACCGGCAGCGGCAGGAGGCCCGCAAGCGGCUCCUGGCAGCCAAGCGAGCCGCCUCCUUCCGCCAGAGCUCGGCCACUGAGAGUGCGGACAGCAUCGAGAUCUACAUCCCCGAGGCGCAGACCCGGCUGUGACCGCAGCCUCCGCUUUUCUACCCGGACUGGACGGCGCGGCCGUAGCUCACUGUGAUGAGGGGCCGCGGGGACACCCUGGGGCAGAUCUUGGCCCCACUCACAGCUUCUCUCUUUUCUAUCUUAGCCCUUUCGUGGAUCCAACGGCGGGUGAACGCAAAGCCCGGUUCUGCCCCGAUCCCUUGCCCCCCGCCCGCAUGCCCCUGCCAGCCUCUCCUGGGGUCCAGGGCUCUCCCUCCCUCUGCCCUCCCUGGGGCUGUGUCCCAGCUUUCUGUCCCCUUCCCACUCCCCAGCCCUUCUGCACACCCGCCUCUGCAUCCCAACCCAAAGAGAGGUGACCUUCGGCACCCAGCCCUGCUGGGCUGGAGGGGAGGGGGCUGCAGGCAGGCCCCCCCGCCUCUCUGUACUCAGUGCAAUCCCCUGGUGUGUGGUGGGGACAAGCCCCCAGCCCUGCCCAGCCACAGCCCCCAGCCCUGCCCUGCUGGCACAAGGCUUUGAGAUGUGGUGGGGACAAAGGGGUCCCCCUCGCUGCUCCCUCUGCCUGCGGCUCAGGUGCCAUGGGGACCCAGGGCUCCCUCCCCUGUAUACAUAUAUAAAUAUAACCCAAGGAAUAAACCAGAAACUACACGUGACCAGCGCUGUGUCCUGCCUGGAGUUCGGACCAGAGCAGCAGAUGCCCCCGGUCACGGCGAGCCGCCCUGCUUCCCUCGCACGGAGCAUCUCCACACGCUUCUCCCCUUCCCGCUCAGCCCUUCUUCCCCUCAGUCCAUCCCUCAUCUGUCUGUCCUUCCCUCCUGCCAGCCUGGAGUCCAGGAGCACCUCUGCAAUGUGACAGGGACAGGCCAUAGUCCCGCCGUGCCUUGCUGCAGGUGGGAGAUGCUUCCCCAGCGGGCCUGUUCCCACCUGCAGUGACAAGGAGCACACCUGUGCUUGGCACCAGUGGGUGGGACAGGAGUGUGAACAUGGCCAGCAGCUGCUCCUUCAGUGUGGAGCUAGAGACCCCCUCAGGGGGUCACCCUUUCCCCCGAGCUUCUGAAGCCCUGCGGGAUGGGACCCCAGGAUAGGGCUGUCAUGUACCUGAUGCCUCUCAGGGCCAAGGGACACCCUGGGGUGUGGCUGUUCCCAGCUCCCCCAUCACUGUGCACAGAGCCAGGAGCAGGGUGGAAGGUCCCCUCCAGGGCAGAGCAGCAUGGUGGGGCAGGAGGCUGCAUCUGCCUCAUCCCUGUUCUUAACCCCGUUCUCCAAGCAUCCUGUCAAGAAAAGUGUCACUUUUGGUGUCAGAGGGGGGAGGAGCCCACCCCCAUCCCUCACUCUGCCAUGCCAGCAGCCCCAUGCAGCAUCACCAGCCACCCUCCAGGGCAGGGCCAGUGGGUGCCAGGAAGCUCCUGAAAUCUGGGGCCAAACCUUGCCCAGGCCCUCAGGCAGGGUGAUGGGAUCAGAGGCAGCUGGGGGACGCCUUGCUGGGGUCCCUUGCUCCUGGGGGUCCAUCGGUGCUAAACACCUCCAUGACGGCAGCACCCACUCAGCCACCCAAAGCCCUUCCCCACCCCACUCCCCCUGCACCCUGGAUUUAGGGAUGUGUCUGGGAAGGGCCCCCGGCCCCCGCCCCGGCCAGCGCCGUGCAGUGACCGUGACACGUGGCUCCCUUUUUAUUGUAACGAACCGUCGCAAUUAAUAAAGAUGACUUUGGUUACUCCGGGCCAGCGGCCGCUUCCCUGCGGGGACAUGGCUGGCACCGGGCUCGCCUUUCA